AUGGGUUGGCUCGUCUACUACAAGCGUUUCCGGGCGCGGACCCGCAGCACAAGUACUCGGCCUGCGGAUGCGAAUACGUCGACGUGGAGCCUCAGUGCUCUCCUUAGCACCCGCCCCCCAACGCACAACAGCUCGACGCCAGCUGUGCGGGAGCUGACUGCAGAGCAGCUCAUGGGUACCCAGCCGACGACUACGAAUUCAGGCCCACCACCAGCCGCAGCCAACAGGAGAAAUCGCAGGCCUCGUCGUACACCGUCCCAAAUGUCGACGACUUCAUUGCCAGCGUACAACAAGGAGCCAGGCGAGGAGGAGGUCGUGGUCUAUCGUGGUACGGAGGACAUGGAAGACAAUUCUAUCCCUCCCACGACUGUGGUCAUUCCGCCCGUUAGUGAAGAUGGAACGGAAGACUCGCGCGCAGGCCCCUCUGGGUCCUCGCACGACCACCACUAUCCUCCCCACCCCGACUCGCCACACGACAUGCCCCUCCUGCACGGUGACGAAUCUAAUGACGCACGACGUACUUCUCACGACAAUAACACGCAUACUGUCAAUGCCUCCGAUGGAGAUCGCACUCAGGACACGGACCCCGACGCUGAACAUGGCGACACGCAGACGAGCGCGCUCGCUAACUCGUCGCCGGCUCAGGAUCCCCGUGGCGCGGCACCAGCGUACGAAGUGGCUGAUCCCAGCACGGCAGCGAAUGGCGCAACCAUCUCCCCGUCAGACCCGGCCGCACCGCCCGCUGACACCCAGCAGACGACACGGAACCGGCGCUCGAUCCGGGGUUUCCGCAACCUAUUCCAGACGCGCCUCGGCGGGGGCACGCAGAAUCCGAAUGCGCCGCCAGUCCCGGAGGAGGCUUCAGGCCACAACCGCGGGCUCUCCGUCGCGUCCGCUGCCACCAGCCGCUCGUCGGCGAGCCACGCUCGCGGCCACCGCCCGAGCGGGUCGCUAUUCUCCCUCAACGCCUUCCACCGCACGAAUUCGCGGCUGUCGACGUCCGAGUCGUACAACCCCGAGCACGGGAAUGCGUCGGUGAUCUCGCUCAACUCUAUCGGGCUCCCGCUCUCGCAUACGGUCACGCGCACGUCGUUCGUGUACCCGCGGUCGGGUAUGCCAACGCCCGAGCAGGUGAAGCUCAUCUCGUCGCGCGAGAGCCUCGGCAGGUUUGGCGUGCCGUUCGGCGACGAGGCUGUGCGCUUUGCGAGCACGAGUCGCGUCGAUCUGCUCGCGGAAGCCCCGCCAGACUUUGAUGAGUCUGAACGUGCACACAGCAGGCAGCGUAGCCAUAGUAGCGCAGGAAUCGAGGAAGACAUCGAGGAAGCGGACGAGUCGCAACAUAUCGAUGGUGCACACUCUCGUCGUCCCUCUGCCGCCUAUGACGGACUCCCGGCGGAGUCAUCGUCCGCGCCGCCUGCUUUGUCUCCCCUUGCCACUAUGGUGACCCAGGAACCUGCGACUGAGUCCCCAGUCGACAUUGCGGUUGUGGCUCCAGCGCACAAGGGUACAUCUGAGUCGGUACCCCUCUCCGCCGUCAAGGAGUCGAACGAAGUUCCAUCGCCUACGAGGGAAGAAACGAGCGAAGAGAUUCCGCCUCCAACACCUACGAAGGAUGAGCCUAUCCAGGCUGACACGGCCUCUGCUGCACCUCCUUCCGCCUCCACCAAUACCACCGAACCCCGCCCCGCCUCCCCCCUCGCCAACACCGACUUCGGCCCCCCACCACCCCUGGGCCCGCCAAACUCCACCCGCGGCCGCAAAGGCCCACCCUCGGCCUUCCGCCCCGCCCUCCACGCCGACCCGCCCCGCGCCGAGUCGCGCGCGAGCACCAUGACCGUGCAGACCUUCCAGACCGCGAACGACGGGGAGGACACGGACGUGUACUUCUCCGACUUUGGCGACGAGGAGUUUGGGGCGAGCAGGGGCGGGACGCCGACUGGCACCGGCAUCGGUGGACGGGGCACGCCGACGGGGACCGGUACUGGCGGGCGCGCUACGUCGAACGGGCGGGGCACGCCUACGAAUGGGCGCCACACGCCGACGGGCAAGCGCAUGAGCGUCGCCAGCCAUCGCUCGGGGCUGGGGCAUGCGCUCGAGGGGACGGAUGCGACGAUUGUGCCCGGGCGCAUAUCGGCGGUCGGCGCGUAG